GAUGAUUUUUAUUGAUUAUUAUUUCUAACAAAAUUCACGUAAACCUAUGGUUGAUAUCAUGUUUUGAAAAUGAGAAAUCACAUUAAAAUUAAUAAAUUAUUAAGGGCUGACAUCUCAAUUGUAUCCAUUCAUUUAGUAUAAUGUUUUUUUUCAACAAAGUUUUAGUUAUACACACAUAAUAUUUACAGCAAUUAUUUUAUUGACAGAAUAUAUCACCAAAAAAAUCGUUCUCUCAUUUGUCGGCAUUUUUUUCGAUAACAAUAUUGCAUUUUUUUAAAAAUUAUUAAAUGGCUGGUAUUGUUUUAUUAUUCAAAUAUGUUAUCAAAUUUAUGAAUUUAGUUGCGAUAAACAACAUAUUAAAAAAAAUUGUAUUUAACGUGAAGUCAUGCUAAGUUGGAUUUAUUAUUAUUAUUUUUAUCUAAUGAUAUCUAAGUACCAAAAGUAUAGUGAAAAUACAUAGUGUGUAUAAAGCAAUACAUUUAUGUCAAGGUUGUCGCUAUAUAUUUUUCAAUACUAAAAACUGCAUCUUUCGAUAUAAUAAACUACAGUAUAUUCAAUGGCAUAUUGUGUUUAUAUGUUGAAAAUAGUGGUUUUGCGUUGUAUUAUAUACAGUAUAUAUUUGAAACACCAGUGAUGUAAUGUCAGCGCAAGACAUGCUCUUUGAAAUAAUAAAAAAAGUUGUGAUCCAAGACCUUCAGCCGAAAUGAUUAAAAUAUUCAACAAUUUGGACAAUGAUAUGAUUGGCAUAUAUUUAGAGCAUAAUCGGGUUAUCAAUGAAAGUGAACCAAACUAUAAAUUAAAUGAAACUUUAUUUUCAAUUAAUGAACCGUUUUAUAUGCAAACAGAAAAGGAGGCAAUUAUUAAGGAUUCAAUUGAUAGCAAUCGUAAACUUAAUAAAAAGCGCUGUAAAAGACUUUUGAAUAAAAAACCAAAUCUAUGAAACUUUUUAACUGAUCCACAAAAACUUGUUAUUAGAAAUGUUUUCAAUGAUGUGAAACACAUCAUAAAUGUCAAUAAGUUGGCUAAUAAUAAUAAUAAUGGCAACAAUAAUGAAAGUGCUCAACAAUUGGCACAAAUUGCAUUAAAUAGCAUCCAAUUUGAUGAAUAUAGUGAUAAACUUUUAUGCAAUAAUAGCAACAAAAGUGUCAAUUUUAGUAACUUUAUAAUACCUCCCAAWUGUUCAUUCAUGUGCUCUGAUGUUAUCAAAGGAUUGGAUGAAAUGCGUGAACAUUACAUCAAUGGUUUAUUUAAGAUAUCAAACGAGUUUCUUGUAGUUAUUGAUCCUCCAUAUAAGUCAAACAAAUCGGCUAAAAGAAAACGAUUCUAUCAUUUGGAUGACAGACAAACCAUUUUGMAAAUGACUGAACAUUUGAAACAAUUAUUGCAAUUACUUCCAAAACAAACAGAUAUAAAGCUAUGUGUUUGGACCACACAGAAGGAAAGGGAGUUUGUUAUCAAUGAUAUGCUACCGAUUCUUAACGUAAAGUGUACUCACAUAUUGGUUUGGCAUAAAAUCACUACAAGUGGUGAAAGUGUGAAAAUCAGAGGAAGUCUCGAGUAUUUGAUAAUAGCGUCCAAUAAGUCACUCGACUGUCACAAUAGCACAGGUAUUCUGUUGUCGAUUCCGAGUGCUAUUCACUCACAUAAGCCUCCACUCAAACAAUUGRUUAAACAAUUGUUUUAUCAAAAUGAUGUCAAUAGCUGUGAUACAAUGCAAACAUAUGAUAAAAAGAUUGUCGUAACUGAUUGUGAACUCAAUUCCGUGAAGAAUGAGGACAUCUUAACACAAGCAAUGGCUAAGAAUAUCUCUGGUCUUGAAUUAUACGCUCGAUAUUUGAAUUCUGGCUUUCAUUCAAUUGGAUUUGAAUGUCUUAAACUACAGAAUCAUUUAAUAUAUAAUUAA